GUCCAUCAGGCUAUUCAUUCAUGGUCAACCGAAACGGUUACGUCAUGUAUCAUCCCGACAUUAAGCUACAGCUGGGCUCUCUAGAAGAACCAUUAGACAUAGACUUUUUGGAUGUUGAAAUCGAAAACCCUAUGAAAGAGAAGAUUCGCAGAAGGAUGAUCGACGGGCAUUCUGGGCACGAGACGGUGGUCAGUCUGAUGAGGAUGCCAGACGAGAAGCAUCUUGUGCCGCACAAUAUGGUCUAUUACUACAGGCACAUGAACGACUCGGAAUUCGGCGUUGCUCUGGCAUUCCCAGAGAAGAGGAAGUUGUACGUGCGUGUGGAAGGGAUGCGCGCUGAUGACGGUUUCAAGCCAGAGACAGAGAAAGGGGAUGGUGUCCUUUUGGCUCCGUGGCGCUACUGCAAGAACAUUCCGCGCCCCAAGGGACUCACGGGCAACAUCAGCCAAGUCCUGGAAGCGUAUCGGGCAGACCAUCGUCAGUGUGAUCCUCUACUCAUGCAGCGACUGCUCUGGGACAUCGAGAACACGCGAGCUGUGGUCAGCAAUUGGACGAGCGACGCCUUCGCCGAGGAAAGGGAUGGAAUCCUGGGGACUUUCGUGGGAACAGAAGGCGGACUGAUACGCUACCACCCCGAUUCGAUUGCGGAGUACCUGGAGCCAGAGGCAAAUCCUCAAAAAGCGUCCUACUUUAGGAGAGCGUUGUACGCUGAAGACUUCGUCUUCCUCAUCAGUGACGUGAAACGAACAUAUGGACCAAACGCAACCAGAGAAAGCGUUAUCAUGGCAGCCAAGGCAGUUGACAUCUACAUUAAGAAAUCAGAGCUAACGCCAGCAGUCGUCGGUCUCAUCGUGGAAGAGCGCGUUAUCCACGCCUCCCUCAUGACAAUGUCUGCCAACGGAAGUUCAGGCGAGCACCUCCGUUGUGCGGACGAGGACUUUGUCGUCUGCUACCUUCUGGACGAGGGAGGUUUCAUUCUCACCUCCAGUACGGAUGACCACUCUGAAAAUGUCGGGAAGUUCGUGGGAGCUGUCGAUCCGGAACUGAUGGAUGAUAUGCUGAAGAAAUCGGUCUAUUUCAAGGUGGAAGAACUGCAUACAGAAUCUCGGUGUCCCAGAAUGCGCCGUUACACAGCAGGUGCCCGAUCGUCGAUUAUGCCCCUUGAAAGCCUUAUCAGAGCAUUCGACAUCAGCUGGAUCUUCGAUGCAUCGUCCUGGCAAUUAAUCAAGAUGUGGCUGUACGCUUGGCUGCCGAGCUUGGGCGGCGGCGGUGGCUGGGGCGCGGAGUCGGCGUCGUCGGAGCGCGUCCGCUACAUUCCGGACGAGUACCGCGUCUGCACAACCCGCGAGGCCCUGUACCACUUUGGAAACCGGAGCAGCUACUUCAUGAGCAGCCUGGACUGCGGGAACUGCUCCAGGCAGUACGGCGUGGGACGCGUGGGCUACACCAACGUGAUCCUGGUGAUAUCGACCGUGCCCUGCGCGCCCGUGUUCUGCGACCCGCCGCCGACGCCGCUACAGGCGCCAAUCGAAGUUGAAGACCCCGCCCCAUGUGACCAUCCACUCAGGUACAGGCGUCGUCCAGACAAAUGCUAUGCUGACCAUGACAAAGAGGACUACCACGUGUGCGGUGGAAGCGCCCAGCUCACAGCAAGCUCGGUGCUUCAGCUUUGGCGUCGGCGCUGGCGCUGGUGACCCUGGCCAUUGUGACUAGACCGUAAGACUGUAGAUUUCACGGCCCAUGCCACAAGGUGGGCACGGCGCCGCACCCUUAGCCAUGUACUGGCCAAACAUUCCGUCAAAAGAUGGCGCUGCCUGGGUGGCAGGAAGAGGACCAUCGACUGCCACCGAUUUUACUCUCGGCAACUUGAAAAGAAGAGAAGCAUUCCACGUAACUAAGAUAACGGAAGGGUCACGAGGCCUUCCUUGGUGCAGUGGUGUUGUGUCUGACUUGCCACGAGGCAAUCGGUGAAAGUGAGUGUGCCGUGAAGACAUGCUCGUCUGACCAAGAGCAAGAAAGAGACGGACCUUUCCCCCCUCCCUCAAUUCCCGAAGUGCACCGCGCUGACUGACGCUACGUGUGCACAUGACUUAAGGUGUGGUUUUUUAAAGUGACCCUCCCGUCUGAGCUUUGCGACCAUGUCAUCCUCCUCGCCUAGCCAGAGCGAUGAUUAUUAAACACGGGCGCCGAAUGGCAUCUUCUGUAAAAAGCAACAACAAUAUAAAUGUUACGGCUAGAAACACGGCCGCACGUCUUUAACGGUCGCUGCUGUGUUGUGUAGGGUAAUGACGAAGCGUAACUCAGAUUAAUUUUUUUCUACAUACAAGGUUUCACAACUAAAAUUUGUGAGGAACUCGAGUAACUGUAGUUAAAGUGUCGACAUCUUCAUCCAGACAAGGAUUUGGGACCAAAAUUUACAUAUUGUGACGUGGUAAAGGAAAAUCUACGAAGUGGGCAAAUUGCCUGGAGGCAAAAUAGGACGAGAAAAAAUUAAAUACGCUAUUAUCGAAAGUCACAUAACUUACUGUUUAUUGGAAUCCUGUCUAACUGCAUAAAACACACGGCGUGAAAUUAUACCAAACGUGCAAGGUGAUGCGGAUGACAUGGGCGUCUCGACGGCUAAGAGAGCCUCCAAUGGAAGGCGCCUACACUUCUGACUGAAACCGUCGUCCAGUGAGACCCACUAAAGGAACAAGAGAGUGAUGAAAAUAGCGCAGCUAACGAGGCUGCCCGUUCAUGUCCGUCACGUCACGCCGCCUGGUGGUCGUCGUCGUGCUGCGUGUAUGUGUAUUCGUGAGUGUCUGUGAGUGUCUAUCACGUAAUGCUGCCAGCGGUGUCAAGAGGAGCACAGGGAAUCAUUCCGCGAAAAGCCACCGUGAAAGUGUGAUGAAAGACUCGUCCGCAUCACUGGAAAAAAAGUGCUUGGAGCUCACACACACCGCCGGCGAGUGACGAGAAGUUGGUGUUUCGAAAAUUUUCCGCAGAAAUACGCAUUUUCUGGAUGAGUGUCGGGGCAUGCUCGCCGCCUUCUCGCACUCUCCGUGAAUGCUUUUUCCCCCUUCAUUGUGCGUGCAUAGCGUACGAACGCUUACAUUGUUUGAGUAGCGAAUGAGUUUGUACGUUGAAGCUUCGGUAUUCAUUUAUUUUUCGGCUGGAAACGUGCGACGACAGCAGUCGUCUUUUUCCAUUCUCGCUCGUUUUACGUAUAGUGUAAAGAGUAGGAAUUAGCGGGUUUCUGACGUGGUUUCAUCUUUGUACGCCGGUGUGUUGGCGUACGCGUAGUGUUCAGUCUGACCGGUCGUGCUCCGUGUUACAUAUUAUAGAUGCGAAUCUGUAAAUUGCAUUUCCUUGACUCUUGCGCGCCGCGGUGGCGUUUGCUUCUACCACGGCGGUAUACUCUCGAACAGAUGCAUUAACAUUAGUCCCGACGGUUGCACGUGGAUAAGCAUUUACAAGCGUACUCGCCACUAAGCUUAAAAAAAAAGGAACAUUCCGCUUCGCACUGUGCUUGCGUGUGCGACGAGUGGUGCACGUGUAGGCUCGCUUGAUACCUUUAAUCCGCCUUAAUCCACGUAAAGAUCCUCCAGCCAGAUAUGUAUACACGAAAGCGCAAACAAUAGCGAUGACCUCCACCCAAGAAGCAACCACUUACAAGAAUCCACAGCUGGCGCGUAUCUCAGAGCUAAAAACAGACAAAAACAAAGAGGUAAAAGGAAAACAGUAAGAAACGGUUGAAUGAGAUGCCUUCCAAGGCUUUUGGUCUAAAUCUCAGGUGGUAAUAUCUCGCAAAAUAGCUUAAAAACACAGCUUAAAUAUGUAUUUUUGGUUUCCUUCAUGUGCCUGAAUGUCGUACGUAUGUGUGUGAAUCAAACAAAAAUGUGCUCCCAGGUAUACAAAAUGUCAUGCGCGCAAAGCAGGAGUUUUUAUACGCACCAGGUUGUGGUGAGAUUGCGCGCAAAGAGCAUGCUAGUUGUAGCUUUCACUGUUCAUAGGGGCGAUGUUGAGGGAACGCAACCUCCACCAAAGGGAUCAUCGAUCACAUUUCAAAAGCGUGCAGCAGCCUUGGAAAAAUAUUCUCCGCGGGUAACUCUUUAGAUUAUUAUAAUGUACUGAGCUAUUACGACAAUGCACUCGACCACACUUUACGGUGUCCUCAGCUUCAAGAGUGUCCAGAUUGCAGUAGUGUUGAAUCGGAACUGCAGAAACAAAUGAACUCAGUGCAUCUAGCGCAGUUGAAUUUUAAAAAAGAAGGACAGCCUGAAGAGUCUUGGUGAACCGUAGUUCCCUCGCCAGCGUUCCGUUAAGCCUGACAGAUAUUGCACGCUUGCUAAUGGAACAAUCACGCCGUUAGUGUCUCCGUACUUAACCUAUGAUUAUUAUUUUAUGCUAGUAUACGCAUACAGAAUCGUCUAGUUUAUUGAAAUGGCAGUAAACACUUGGUUGUGCGUUUUUUUCAUGUAUUAGAAACGUACGGUUUCUUUCUUAGAUACACGUAAUUGCUUGCUGCUGAUUUUCGCGAAUGCGCACUUGAGUAACAAAGAUUGCGCAACGCGCUAGUCAUGUCCGUGUGUUAUAAUAUUUUGAUUGGUGAAUAUUUAUGCGUGUACCUCUUUGCUGGGAAAUUCAUUGUUCCCCUUCCCCCGAUAGCCAAUAGCUAUCGGAGCAUUUUCAAAGUCUUGUCAUUUCGAAAGAAUACAUUUGGCGCUCGCGGUGCACUCUUAUGUAAACCAAAAUUUAUCUUUAUUUUAUUUUCAACACUUUACGCCGGCGUCAAAGAACCAUGUGUUAUUAAUGCAUAAUAUACUUUCAGUGUGCUGUCAUUUAAAAACUGUCAGGCUAAUUUGUCGAAUAAUGAAAUACUCUCAAUCCCACCGGACCAGGGUGGUUAUAGCUCUGAGCUGUUUUCUUCGAAUAUCAUGAUUAAGUUUGAACGUGCUGCAUAACACUCAUGUACAAGCUGCAGUUUUGAAAAGCAUAGCAAUUUACAUUAAGGAAUAAGUGUCGGUUUGCUCAUUUUUAUCCAUGAACACUGCUGUUCCUCAUGUCUGCUUGCAGCAAAUAGUAUGUUCUCAUUUUUUGAAUUUUGUUUCUUGACAUGGGGAACCUAGAAACGAAAGCUAAGAAGGCAUAUUUGAAAGUUGUUAUUAUAUCGUACGAGCGAUUAUAAAAUUAUUAAUGAAGAACCACUAAUAUUGCUCCGAAACAGUGUUUUAUGAAUAAGCUGUACCUUCAAAUUAAGUGUUCGGACUAACAGGAUCACGAUUGCAGCUUUUAUUCGAGGUAUUAAAGCAUUUCGGCCAUUAUAUGUCACCGAGCUAUAGAAUAGUUAUGUAGAUGUCUUGAAAUGAAGGAAAAUUUGUUGGCAGUCAACACUGUCAUGCUAGAUAUAACAUUUACACAUAAAUAUGGUGAUGAAAUAGGAACGGAAACACAGUACUUAGGCACAUAUGACUAAGUAAUAAUAUGCAUGAUGCAGUAGAUGAGUUUAGGUGUGAAAUAUGCUCAACAAAAAAGAAACAGAAAAUUGGCUGCUCAGUGUUUACUGUUAUUGCAGAUCUUAGUGAACGACAGAAUAUAGGCGACACAUGUAGCCAGCGAAGAUAAUGGCCUCCAAGAUUUAUUUCUGUCCCUAUGAAGAAGCCGUCAGCGUGAACUGGAUAUGGACGUCACCUACCACCGAUUAAGCCAUCAUUACUUAAAGUACUAAUUACUUAAAACAUGUAAUCACCCACGCGACGAAAAAAAAAGUGUUGACGCUAUAAACACAUUCAAGCGAAACCUUUAUGUAAGACUAAAAUGUGCCGUUAUUAUAAGAAACAACGUGUAUCGCUAUGUGGAAGUGUGCUAAGCUGUCUGCAACGCAAGUACACCCCGCUUAAAAGCUUUGCAAAACAUUGGCUUUUCCAACUGACAACAAACAUUUUUGUGUUCAAUAGAGUUUGUGCAGUUUUUGUAGACAAAGCAAAAGCAUGGUGUCUCACGUGCCAGGAUAGACACGUUGAUAUUUUUAACGAAGUAGCGAACACUUCGAAAAAAUUUUUCGGCCAGCUGUGGGCAUUCCGCUUUUCAGCCCCGUUUGCCAGCGCGUAGCUUCUUGUAGCAGUCGCAUGUCCUUCAACAACAAACGGAAUGCGAUUUUCCACUCUUCAAACCAAACGAGAGUUAUAUACAUAUAUAAAUAUAAGUAUAUAUAAGGAACGUGUAUACCCUAUCUAUACUUGGUCUUGUGUGUGUGCGCGAGUGAGUGUAUAUGUAUUGUGCGCAUGGGGAAGGGAUGAAUGCAAAUCGACAGGCUGCCAGUUGAUGUCCUCGUGUUAGUGUAACACGACACAAUGAACACACGCACACACCCACCUGCGACUCAGAAACCCGGCACACUUUGAACACAGCACAGACACGUUUGUCAAACUCUUUCUCGGGCUUCCAGAACACUCCGGCAGAAACACAAGUAUGUACUCCCGUCACCACCUCCCAGUUACCCUCACCGUGCGAGCGUACUUUGAAUCUUCCGUACCAUCCCCGAGCUUAACGCCUUGGCUUUCGACUUUCAGUUUAAGUUGUUCGUGCGAAAAAAUAAAAUGCCAGCUUUUCAUCGACGGUAUAAAAAAACAAAUGAACAGAGAGCUUUAGAAUGGAAUACUUAGGACUUGGGAACUCGGUUAAAUUCCGUGAGCGCGCCGUAGACAGUUCAGAAUAGGUUUCGUGCUCCGUAAACACAAACCGAACUGAAUCGAGCUCUGAUAUUCACGAGAACAACACAAAAGAAGCAUUGGUUGAGGCUAGGGUGCGCAAUUUUCUAAAAUAUGACGGCCGGAACGCUAAGUGCGGUCAGAGUAUGACGUAUGCGCAGUGACAACCCCGUACAACUGCGUGCGCAAAGCUCCGGGUUCCCUAAUCUAAAUCUCUCCAUUGACUCCUGACGCUGGAUUCCACGCUUUAUUAAUGCUUUCGUGAUAACGAAUCACAAGGCCACCCUUAAAAACUUGCUGUGUUUUUUAAGGUAAUUAUCUGAAGCGCAAAAUUACACGUCAGGGCUAAGGCGAGUGUGGUGAAUAUUUCCUUUAUGUUCAUCUAUGUUUCCAUCCCUAUCCUCACACGUGUAGCACACCAAGUACACCAGACAUACCGUCGAAGCAAAGUUUAAAAGUGUAUGUGGACCAUGAAAUCUUAUUUUUGGACAGUGAUGGUCAACAGCUUCAGUUGUUCUCACUUUUGCUAACGUGUCUACAGUGAUCUCUUUAUUUAUGUAAAGCAAAUAUUUUACAAUAAGUAAGAAUAUCUCCGUGCAACAAAGCACUAAAUGAGUUCACUAUAUUUAAUGCUACUUUAAGGCCGCUUGGGUCUCCAUUACGAAGAACAAGCGGCUAAAGAGAAAUCUUGAAGCCUUCGAUCGACUCUUGACACCAAAGGCACUAAAACUAAGGGCUUAGGAACGCAUUGUUGUGUGAAGAGAGUCUGCGAGAAAACAUUCGGUGACCAAAGCUUACUAACGAACUUUUUUUAGAAUCCUGGAUAAAUGAGAAAGCAUACGAACAGUUAACUUCUGCAUGAAACUGAUACCGAGGAAUACGAUGCCAGUGAAUCAGAUCAAAUGUGUACUCAGGUGAACAACUGUAAAAAUACGACGAAAUAAGAGUGCAGACGCUAGUGUGUUUUCAAGCAGAGAUAGUCAAAACACGAACACCGCCGAAAAAAACUUGCCGCGUUAGUCCGAGCAGCCAAAGUAUUUUGGCAGCACUGGUCCUGAGGAAAACAGCGAUGAGCCUCUCGCUUGUAUUUUGUACUAGCAACACAGACCUAUGCUCAGGAUUUCUUGUUCAUUAUGUUUGAGAAAAAAAAAAGCUAUUUUGUUGGGUGUAUAGUGCAGGUGGGCUUUAUAUUUGAGUACUCAGGUUCUCUUCGCUGACGGAGAGUGCGUGAGCACUAUGCGUCAGCGCGAAAAUUCCAGAUUUUUAAUCUCGUCGCCAGUGUGUACGUUUUCGUGAGUCCGUUGACGUUUUUCUUCGUGCCACGUUGCCAUACCACCAUGUUCGCUAUCACGCAGCUUCAGAAAGGAAGCCCCUCGCAGCUGGUUUACUAGCGACAAGGAAUAUGAAAGUUCUUAAACGCAAAGCCGUUACGUUUCAUAUUAAAUGUUGAAGCUCUCAGCCCAGUCUUGUUUCAGGGGCUAUAUAAGUAAAGAUGGCGCUAAAAAUGUAAACCAGUUUCGGCAAUCCAGAAUCUCAGAUGGUAGUUUAAAGGAAAUGAUUCAAGAUUUCGGAAGAAAACAUAUACAAGGGCUUUAAUUACGUCGUGAGCUCUGACGUUUCGACAGUAAUUCAGUAGCGUGACAGUCACUCGUUACUGUUCUGUUUUGUUCAGCCUCUUCUAUCAACGUAUUUCGAACAAGCGUACUCCCGCCAACGUGUGAAAAUUCAAUCCUCCCUAGGCCGAGCCGGGUUAAAUGUGAUGUACAGUUCCCCCAUAACCAACAUAUUCCGCCAUAACUUAAUACGCAAGUACACGCGCUCUUCAGCCAGUUUGUGUGCGUUGCCACGCCGCUUAAUUAUUCCGUUUCUCGUUCUUCUGUUGUGAUCACGACGCGACGAGCGGCGUCCUCGCCGAAAAAGCCACAUUCCGCUGACUUUUAUUGACCGCAUUAAGCAGUCGUUAACCGUGGCUGUCCGGCAUCUGCCAGACCAGCGGACCGUUAAUGUAUAGAAAGCUCGAUGUUGUGCCCUUAGCGAAGAUUUGUUGUUUUUUGUUUUCGCCUCUGAGUCAGCCAGUGUCGUGGCGAUGAGAUCGUACCCUUCAAAGCCGACUCUACAUAGUCACGGGGGUUGUCCUGUAUCUGCUGUAUUUUGGACCUCCGAAAUACUUCGUGUACAUAGUGUUUACGCUGUAUGUCAUACCGAGUGUUUCAGCUUGGACGAAGUGAACAAAGCAAAGCACAAAAAAUGUUUUCUGUGAGAGAUAUCAACAAGAAUAUAACAAGGUAAUGAAAAAAAAAAGCAAACAUACUACGCCCGUUCCUCGCAACAGUUACACAGAUGUGAGCGCUUAUUGCCCCCAAAGUAAAUACCACGCGUCAGCUACGCCUCUGUAAGUUCACUGUGAACAAGUUUGUUCUUACGAACACUAAAAGCUAAAGUGAGCCCUUAAGUUUGAAAAAGAGGUGCGACACGAAUUGAUCAAGAAGGCUUGAAGCUCUGACGCUUGUCAAGCAGAGACUAAUUUCUUUGCGAAGUCAGCAUAGAACAAGUUAUCACGAUUGCUGAAGCGGUGAUAUUAUUCCACAACGUUAGGCACGCCCGGCAGGUGUAGCCAGGAGUUGGCAUUGGCUGUUUCUCCGAUCUUACAGAAUGUUCGCCACCAUUGUUUUUGUGCAAUUUCCCCACCAGAACAGGUGUGUUCGUUACGUAUCACAGUUGCUGGUACUCUCGUGACUGACGUGUUGUUUAGGACCCGGAAACAGGGGCGCCCCCUACCAAAUUUUGUUCUUCUACCUACGUUAGGUUACGUUUGCCCUAAAUAUGAACAAAUGUAGUAAGUAUAACUAUAAGCAAGUAACAUCGGCUUUCCUGAAUGGUUUCUUUGUUUUGAGAUUUGCUGGUGCUGUUCAUACGUGAAUGCGUGAGCUAUUAAUUGUAGCAGCCACAAGUAUUUUCGAUUGAUCAUGCUUUGCGAGAAGUGUACCGCUCCAUGGCGAAACACAAGUUGCUGCUUUCUUGACAAAAACAGAAACGUUACAAGGACUAAGGGAUAAGCGUAGUGUGAAAUGUUGCUGAUAUUGGAUGCGUCGUGUCAUUACCGCAGAUGUGUCGCGUUACAAACCCGUGGUGACGACGCUGUUUUGUGCAUGUUAUCUAAUUCCUGCAGUGUUGCACCCAAACUUUUUAAUGUUGUCUCGGUUUGUUCGAAAAUCAACUGACAACACGUUCUUUCGUUUCCCCACAAAUGUAGCGUCUGUGAACUUUGUUGUUAAGCGAAUGCGUCGUGUCGGUCUGUGCGAUGACGUGUUUUUUGCCUCGGCGAUUGCUCCUUUCAGUUGAAUGCCUUGAACCCCGAAGUUAUAUGUUACUGCGGAAUGGGGGAACAAUAAAAAAAGUUUAGAAAUGUA